AUGUUCAACCUCUUCGGCAUGGAAAGCGACGACGUGGACCGGGGAAUUAGGCCAGCAGAGCCGCUUCCACCGCUCCAAGCUGCAGUGGAUGCGGAUGCAGUGGAUACUAUUCGUGACUUAGUGCCCACAGCAGAGCCUGCCGAUCUCGCUGCGGCUCUGUGUCGAUCUUGCCAGCAUGGCAAGACUGCAGCUGCUCAGACUCUGAUUGAAUCUGGUCGAUGCGAUCUCAAUGCGGCUGCGAAUGGCGAUACACCUUUAUUCCUGGCAGCGAAGAAGCAUGAGCCUACAAUCGUCCGACUUCUGCUCCAAAAUGGUGCCGAUGUUACAGUGAACUCCUUGAACAAAUCCAGGAGUCCAGCUGCGACAGAAAAGCCUCCAGCAUAUACUCCCCUCCAUGGAGUGGUGGAUGAACUGCAUCGCUACCGAGGGGAGGCGGAUGUGUCUCGUCUCGAAGAGCUGAUGCGGAUGAUCUUGGAUGCCGGGUGUGAUGUCAAUGGCCGGGAUUUUCAUGGCCAGACAGUGCUUCUAUCCUGUCUGCACCAAGAGGUAGCACUCGUCGAGUUUCUUCUCCAGCGAGGCGCAGACCCCAACGUUGUGAUCAACAACGGAACCAAUACGAUGUCAUAUUUUCACAAUCCCCUGCAACAUCCAGAAUGGUUUAAGGCUCUCAUGGAGCACGGGGCCUGUCUGGAUGUUGGAGUGGGCAGCGAACGUGGGACUUGCCUUCACGCUUAUGCGUCUAAGAUCCAACUUGGAGAUUUGUCCUUGUUCAAACCUUACGUCUCAGAUUGGAACCUCACCGACGCCAAAGGCAACACGCUCCUCCACACCGCCGUCAAACACCACCACCGUGGGAGUGUAACCGUGAGCGAGCUUCUGAAGCUUGGUCUAGACGUGAACCAAAGGAACCACGCAGGCCAACAGCCAAUUCAUAAGGUCGGAGCAUUUGGCGAAAAUCUGCGCGAUAUCCUGGAUAUCCUUCUCGCAGCCGGUGCGAACCUGGAAGCCAAAGACUAUGACGGAUGUACACCGCUCACCAAGACUAUGCACGGUCAUCCUCAUCACAAUUCCCGUGAAUUGAUUGCCGAGCUUGUCAAACGUGGGGCCAACAUCAAUGCGCAGGACCAUAAAGGAAAUACCGUCCUAAGCUACAUAAUUGAGCCAUAUAACUUUAAAUCCGAGCACCUGGAUUUCCUCCUGGCUCAAGGAGCGGAUCCGACCACGGUCAACUACAAAGGUGAUACUUUUCUGCACAAGAUGGCUGCCAAUUUAUACGGACAAGACUCAGAUACAGCUAUCAUGACCAUGAUAAAGAUUCUUGAAAGGGGGGCAUCUCCAACCCAGACCAACCACACGGGUCAAACGCCGCUGCAUGUUUUGUGCAGCCACGUCUCUGAUCACCUUUUUGCAGCAGCUAAUGAAGGAGACAAAUCUGCGAUAGACCUUCUUUUGGAUGCGGGUCUUCGUGAGGCGCUGAAUAUCCCCGACCAUCAAGGCAUCCGUCCCAUCCAUCUGGCAGCUUCAGUCUCAGAGAUUCUAGUUGGCAGACUUAUUUUCCACGGUUCUGAUACCACUGUGACCACCAAGGAUGGGCGAAAUCUGUUGCACAUUGCAUCUAUGGCUCGCCAGAGUAACACCGUUGGGAUGCUGUUGGAUCACUACAGCUCCAAGGAUUUGACAUGCUUGAUCAAUGCCAAGUCGGAGGAUGGCCGAACACCCCUCCAUUUGGCCUGUAUCUCUGGAAGAAUAGAGACAGUGAGCCUUCUUCUCGCCCAUGGAGCAGAUAUUCGUAUCGAAGACAAGACAAAAUGGCUCCCGCUGGAUAGCUGCGCUCUGUCAAUUGAGGAGGAUCAGCUUUGGCAAAAGGCCGAUGACCACGGAAACAUGUUUCACACGGUAUUUGCAGCCGGAAUUCUGGCCGAUGACCACGAGCGCCCAAAGAUACCCCCUCGGAAGAAUGAAAAACGCGAGAAUCACAAACAAUUUGGAUGGAAGGGAGAGAUCACCUCCGAAAGCGCCACCCUUGGAGUAGGGCGAAUCGUUCGGCUGCUGGCACAGCAUGGCGCUCUUGUGCCGAAAAGUGAGAUGGAGCACCGAAAUAGUCCCUUAUGGCAUGCAGUAUCAAAGGAGAAUGAGGAGAUGGCAGUAGAGCUUGACAGGUUGUCCAAGACGCUGGGGAUUGAACUCGAAAGCCAUCUGUCUAUCCAAGCCGAGCGUUGUUUGUUGCGCUCGAAACACAUCCCAGAGCUCUUCAAUGAGCGGUUCAAGUCCUACAUUCACGACAAGGGUAUCAUGGAAAUGGUACUUCUCGGUCACGACCAAGAGGUGGCGCAGGCUUUGGAGGAAAAUUUAAACACCAUCGAAAACAAGUCUGCCCUUCAGGGAGUCCUGAUCUUGCUCGCGAGAUGGGGGUAUCCCGAACUCUUCGAGCGAAUCGGACGCCUCAUGCUGGACGUGGAUCCUGAAUGGAUCAACAAGAGUGGCAAGGUUUUCAUGGGUGGCGCCAUGUCUCCAUCCCUUUUGGCUGCUGCACAGCGUGAUCUUCCAAACUUGGAAGUCAUCAAGGUUAUGGUCGAGACAUUCCAUGCCGAUGUUAAUGUCCAAUUCCAAGAAGACAUGGGAGUAAUCCCGAAAGUCUAUUACCAAUCCACAAUGGCUCAGAGGAGACAGUUCAAGCCCGGUUAUACUGUUCUUCACUACCUGGCUCAGGGUAUACACUGGUGGCACGAGAAGGCGAUUGAAUACCUUUUGCAGCAUGGGGCUGAUCCCAAUGCCCGCGACGCUCAGGGAAAAACUCCCUUGUGCGUGGCAGUGAGCAGAGGUGAACUCGCAGGCCAUCGACAGAACGAAAUUGUUCGAAUCUUGCUUGAUGGUGGUGCUGACCCCAACAUCGCUGCGACAUGUGGCUAUACCGCACUUGCCAUGUCGACCCACAGCUCACACGUGUUCCGGCUUCUAAUUGAUAACGGAGCCUACCCAUCUGACCACCACCCCAUGGAACUGUUCUCAGCACUGUCCGACUUCAAAGAGGACGUGGUCACUGCUCUCUUGGGUAUGGAUCUUGACGCCAAUACGACGACUUUAUCCGAUGCCCAGCCGCAUUGGCAUACCCAAAGAUUGCUGAAGAUCCCCCAAAAUCAAGGAUUUGUUCUCCAUCCUCUUCUAUACAUUUCCAUGCUACCAUUCAACGAGGCCAACAGUCGCAACCACUCAAUCCGGAUGAUCCGACUUCUGCUGGAGCACGGAGCGGAUCCAUUCCUCCACGACAACCAGACUACCUCCAUCCUCCAUGAGAUCUUUGCGGAUGGUGGGAUCAUUCAGCCGUGGAUGGAGCUUCCAGACCUUGACCUCGAGAGACGUGACCCUCGUGGACAGACAUUGUUGUUGGCUGCCUCAAGGUCCAACAUUGGCACGAACGGAUACGCUUGCCAAGUGCCUCUCUUUUCCCAGCGUGGUGGACGUAUCAUACCACAUCCCUGGGAAGAAGGUGAUUCCACGCGUUCUAUGGCUCUGUAUGAGCGAGGUGCAAAUCUGACCGUAGUCGAUAACGAAGGCAAUAAUGUGCUGCAUAAUUUGGCUGGCGUAAAGAGCAACGAGAAGCUUGCCCAAGACGAAUUCCGGCGAACAAUGGCUUUGUUCAUUGAGAAGGCUCCUGAGCUGGUGGAUCAGGUUAAUUCUCUUGGUCAGACCCCAUUGUUGAUUGCCGAAGAUCUCGCCAAUCAAUGGGCGAUGGAAGUAUUGGAGAAGAAGGGGUCUAUGGAGGAAGAAUGA